ACCAAACCAUAGUGCUCUGUUCUGUUCUGUUCUGUUCUCAUUCUCUCUAUAUAAAUCAACAACACCUCAAUAACACAAAACAACAUCCUCUUUCUUCUCCAAAAACCUCAAAAUCUCAGAGAAUUUGUAACUUGUUUGUUCCAAUGAGUAUGUUAGGUCUUAGAGACCUAGUUCUCAUAGCUCCAUCACCUUCUUCUCUUCAACAUCAUCAUCAACAAAAUCAAAAUCAAAACCAAAACCAAAACCAACCCAUUUCACAUGAUCACAAUUCAAACCACUCUUUACCUUCAUCAGCUUCAUUAAGUGUUGGUUUUGGCAUUUUUCCACUUCUCACUGCUACACCUUGCAUGCCACAACAACAAUCUCAAAACAAUGAAGUUCAAGAAAAUCCUAGUAACAAUAACAAUUUUUGGAAUCUUAGGAUGUGUCCUGAAGUAGUGAAUCUUCCAAAAAAAGGAGUGAUCACUGAAGAAGAGAAUCAUGGAAAAAUUGCUAUGAUGGAGAGUGAAGAAAAUGGUGUGUAUGGUUCUGAGUAUAGAGUGUGUCAAGAUUGUGGUAAUAGGGCUAAGAAAGAUUGUGUGUUUAGAAGAUGUAGGACUUGUUGUAAGGGACGUGGUUAUGAUUGUAGUACUCAUUUGAAGAGUACUUGGAUUCCUUCGACACGUCGUCGAGAACGGGAGGUGGAGAUGUUUGCCGGUGGUGGUGAUGGUGAGGGUUGUUCUGGUGUUAAGAGACAAAAAGGUUUAUUAGGGUCAUCACAAAAUGCUGCUGCUACUUCUCAUAGCUCUAACUCUAAUGGUACUACACCAAAGAGUUUUGCUACUAGCUCCUGUCACCAAGAUGCAGGUUUCAAAGAGGGUUUACCAGGUCAUGUUAAUGCACCAGCUGUAUUCAGGUGCCAUAGAGUAACUGCUAUUGGCAAUGGUGAAGAUGAAUUUGCUUACUUGGCCACAGUUCAUAUUAGUGGCCAUGUUUUCAAAGGGUUUCUCUAUGAUCAUGGUGUUGAUGGGAAAAAUCCAAUGCCUUGUGUUUCAGAACUUCAAUUGGGAAAUAAUUGUAGUGGAAAAAAUGGUGAAUGUUCUUCUGCAAUUGGUGUUCCCAACAAUAAUGCUUACCCUGCUUCUGCUAGCUAGCCAUGAAGAUUGAUUAUCAGGUGAUGGAUCCAAUUUCAUGAACCAGCAAAGAAUGGACGUUUUAUGAUGCCGUUUUGUUGAGAAAACUAACCAUAUUCCACUUUAAUUCUGUAAAUUAAUCCUCCUAGUUCCAAAUUGCUUACAUGCAGACCUAAAGUUUAAUGGUCCCUUUGUUAAAUUUCUUGCACUAGAUUAGGGACAUUAAUGUUGCAAAGAUUUUAUAUCGAAUGUUUAACUUAAGUUUUUAACUAAAGAGGGACAUUUUAUGGUCUUAA